AACACUCGCACAAUUUUGUUAAAUAAUGGUUUUUAUUAGUUUAUACAUGAUAACAUUCUUGUUCUGUUUCUUCUGUAUUUGGAGAUUUAUAACACUUGGAAAAGUUUUACUCGUUAUUACAGAUGGCACUGCAUUUACUAACUCAGUAACUGGUCUAAAUUAUUUUCGUAUGUUGCAGUGAGAGUAAGUGUAGUUCUGUUGACAAGUUGAGUGAGUUUUAAACUUCACUGCUUUUACUGGGUUAAGAUGGCCUUUAAAAGUAUGAUGUUUUCCUUUCGAUACUUAAUCAAAAAACCCAGUAGCUUGAUAGGCUUUCCUACCUAUUACCGACCUGUUAUUCUUGUUUGUGAGCAGUGUAGGCAAUUAAGUGGAUAUUGUAGAAAUAUUUUUGAAUACAACAAGUCUACAGACUUGUUAAAACAAGGCAACUACAGGUCGGGGCAACUUCGUUUUGCAGAAGCUAUAUCUUCCGGCAAUGUUGAAGAUCACCUACAGACCCAUUUGCAGGCCAAGAAGAGAUUGUCAAGAAAAAAAAUAGAUAAUGUUACUGAAGCAGAUUCCACCAAGGAUUGGUGGAGUGUGGUUGCUUAUAGUACAGCUGAAGAAUAUGAUUUGAAUGGCCUUAUCGAUGGCUUGAAUAAACAAGGACUUUACCAGCAGUCAGCCAUGCCUGAGGACAUGCAUGAUGUUUUAUAUAUGUGUGCUAGAUAUCAAGUAGAUAGGGAACCAAGAGGAGCAUAUUUCUUUAGUGAAGGAUCGGUAGUGUUUUGGAACGUGCCUGAAAUAGAACGGCAAGCUGUGCUUAAAUUUCUAAAGCAUUACGAAACAAACCCAUAUAGUGAAAGCAUUGUUCUUGACGAAAAGGAGGUGAUGGAAUAUUUGUAUACAGAGAAAUCUACCAGGGGAAGCAACAAAACUCGAUUAAUCGGAGGCCGGAUUAUGCUUAACUCUGAAGGUUCAACUGAUUUGGAAAAGUAUGCUUUUUCAAACGGCAUAGCAUUAUCAGUAAAACUUGCAAUAUGGGAAGCUUCCUUGGAGAAGUAUGUGGAGAGUAUUGAGUGGCUAACAGAGGAAAUGAAGAUUGGCAAAAAAAUCUCAAUAACGAGAGAGAAUGUUUUCCAGAAAAGUGGGGAGCUAUUUGCUUUAAGGCAUAUGAUCAACCUGUGUUCAGAUCUUUUGGAUACCCCUGACUUUUAUUGGGACAGGCAGAAUUUAGAAGCAUUAUACCACAAAACUUGUAACCACCUGAAUAUAACUAAAAGAACUAAGGUCCUUAACGAGAAGAUCAACCACUGCUGUGAGUUGAUGGAACUUGUGAGUGGACAUCUCAACGAUCGACACCACGUUCGUCUUGAGCUUAUGAUUAUAGCUCUUAUCAUGGUGGAGGUGGGAUUUGAAAUUCUUCACUUCACAAAAAGCUUGUUGCCAACUUGAAGAAAUUGAACAGAUGACAGUAAUCAGUGUCUGGUUAAAGCCAAUGCCAUUUUUAUGCUUAAAAUCAAACUUUUUAUUAUAUUAUGUUGUUUUUGUGCAGGAGCAGAUUAAUAUAUGUUUUAAUAUUAAUUAUGUUUUUAGAUUAGCUCCAUAUUCUUUACUUACUUGCCACAAGUUUUCAAGCUUAUUCGUGACCUCUUCUUCAAACUAGGACCAUCAUUAAAUGAUUUAAAAAAUACUCUUCGCCUGAAGAAGAGCUGAUGAAUAAUACUGAAAGCUGUUUUCAAUAACGAUAUGUUUUCUUAAAAUUAUUCUCACAAGUUGCAUUUAAAAAUCAUAAUAAGCAAAUAUCUUCUUCCUUCUGUUAGGCAAAAGCCCGUCAGCUGCAUUACAUCACUAAACUUUGCCACACACUCCUAUGCAGGUGUUCCCCUCACGUUGAAGUUUACUCAAAGAUAUUGAUAAUUAUCAACCUUUUAAACUAAUGAUACCAACCCAUAUAUGACAAUUUCUUUCCAGUCUAGAAAGUACCAAUACUAUAGACUUGUUUGCCUUCAGUUUAAUUAGAUUUAUCUCUAAUCCUCUGUUCCGUUUAUGAGCUGCAUUUUGUAGACUUUCCAUAUUUCCUACAAGGAAUGAAACAUCAGUAUAUACUAGUACUGCAGUAUUUUCAUCAUUUUGGCUAAUAUGUUUAACUGUCUUAUCCACCUAUAAUAUAAACAACAACAGAGAUAUAAUAUUGCCUUGCUUUACACCACAUCUAAUAUCAAAUUAUUUCUUGUUCCGUUCUUACCCUACCGCCCUUUAAUUGUUAUUUCAGAAACUAUCACUGCUAUCUUCAAUCCCAGUGGGUUAUUAUACCUUGGGCAAUCUAAGACUUCUAACCGUUUCUUUCUCAGAAUUUAUGGCCAUGCGGUUAGGUAGCUCGACUCUCAAUCUGCGGGUCAUGGGUUUGAAUCCCUCUCCCACCAUGGAGAGCAUUAUAAUGUAACGGUCAAUCCCACUGUUCAUUGGUAAAAGAGUAACCCAAGAGUUGGCAGUGGGUGGUGAUGACUAGCUGCCUUCCCUCUAGUCUUGCACUGCUAAAUUUAGAACGGCUAGCACAGAUAGCCCUCGUUUAGCUUUGCGUGAAAUUCAAAACCAAAAAACAAAUUCUCGGAACUGGACCAGAUGCCUUUUCAAUUUUCCAUCAUGAUUUUGAAAGCAACUAUCAGAUCUGUAGAGCUUCUCCCUAGCCUUAAGCCAUAUUGCCACACACACAUUCUCCCAGUCUUUCUUCCAAAACUUUCAUACAGUUUCCUAAUAUGAGUAAGGACAUUCCUCUUUAGUUUGUACAAUCAUACUUACCCCCCCUAAAAAUACGGGGCAUAUUAUGGCCUUACUCCAUUCCUGUGGAAUAUUUCGUCUUCCCCAUGCUACAUUAGAUAAUUAUAUUGAACAUUCUUUAGGCUGACGUUUAUUCUGUUGUCAGGUUUUUUUUACGUCGCAGCACCUUAUCAUUCUGCUUCGUAAAGAUAAAAACCUUGCUCAAUUGGAAAAGCACGUGAAAAAAGUACAAUAACAUUGAUAAAUAUACAGUAAGCUAUUUUUUGUUAGUAAAUUGAAUAUAAAAAAGUAAGUUGGUUUGUUCAUGAAAAGCGAGUUAGAGGAAUUCUGAAAAUUAGAUCAUUUUUAAAAGAAACUGUCUUUGUGAACAAGUUUUACAACAUAAAAUGGAUGCAGGUUAUGAAAUUUUUUAUUAUGUUUUACCUGUUAAACAACAGUAUGGUAUGCUGCAUCUUCAUAUGAUCUUUGAUUUCAACGGUUUUGUUUAAUUCGUAAUAUAAAAGCAUUUAAUGAGUUUUCUUAAAAACUGUUCACGUUUAUUUAUGUCUUCGUGUCCAAUUAAAUGCUCAUAAGAAAAUGUUUACUUCCAGUUGCGUAUGUUUGUCUGUCAAAGGAUCGUUAGAACUUUUCAUGUUAAUUUACACAUGUUUACUUUGAAAAGAGUAUAGAUUUUACUUGUCCUUUAUAGUUUUAUAUACCAUCAAUGUAACAGGCAUUGAUUACGUCGAGUAAACGCAUAUAAAUAUAAAAAAGAUGCAUUGUAAAUCUUACUCGUAAUAAACAGAUGUUUUACAGGUAAUUUUUAUAUUAAGUGAUGGAUAAUAUAUGAAAACCUUUGUUGUUGUUUUUUAGGGGGGGUUAGGUAGUACAUUAUUUUGGGCAGAAUUUAAUAGUACAGUAACUCAAAACGAUUUUCUCCUUUACAACUGUUUCAAAAUAUUUGAAAAUUGGCAUUAUAUUACAGUAUGUAGUAAAUCUUUAUUUAAUAUGAGCAAUAAAAUACAUGUUAAAAGGGGGGGGAUUUUAAGUUGCCUCAUGAGGUGUAGGCUCAUGGGGAAUCUAUGAAACGUCACAGAUUUCCCAUAAUGACUAUUUAAUACACUAAUCAAAUGUAUGCAGUUACCAUUUCAAACACUAAAGUCUUUUACACACAUUUGUAAGAGUCUAAAAGAUGCAUCCCCCCUGACACUUUUAAAAGUAACUGACUAUAGGUUGACAAAAAUCUUCAAACUGGUUUGUACAACACAAAAUGCUGACCAUGUUUAGCUGUAAACAUAAUAAUCUGUCUUAUAAAUAUUAUUAAAAUUAACUACAAUGAAACAGAAGUGAUCAUAUCAACUGUAUGUAACUGAAUACCGUUUUGCAUUAAAUAGCUUGUUUAUUUACACAUA